AUGGUGAGGACCUACGGGAUGAACAAGAUACUCAAUCAUGAGCCCAUCGCUGACGGCCUUUUCAACAGAGAUUACUGCGCGGCCAGCGGGCAGUUGAAGCCAUGGGCUGAUAUCUUGAGCAAUACACCGCAGUCCCUGGAGCUCACGCUGCACCGCAUGGAGGAAGACUACAAGAACCUGCACGUGAAGAUGCGCAAACCCUUUGCCUCAAAGGACGUGGAACCUCAGCGGCUACAUAGUACAAAAAGCUCAUCCUAG